GAUAACCCUAAAAGUAUUUUACACCACUAAUAUGAACAUAAUGUCCAGCAGAGUGGAGAUGUUCCUGGAAGAUAUUUUAAUAGAGAGAGAGUCAGCAGGGUCAGUUGGUUUACAGCUAGUGCUCCCUCGCAGAGUUUUUGCCUCCUUGCCCGGCAUGGGCCUGUGUGUGUGUGACUACAUGUUCCGUGACGAGUGUGUGUCCGACGUGAGUGACCAUCUCAAAGAGAUGCUGGACAGGGACAUGCCCGAGAACAACAUAGGCACAUCCCAGGAGGCCCUCUUAGCUCCUACGAUUGACCUAGAGAAGAUGAUUCUUCAGAAGUACCUGAAGGCUAAAUCUACUGUUGCCGCACCUCCUAAGACACCCUCUGAAGAUCCCACUGAAGACCCCAAAACAUACAAGAUGUACACCACAUGA